AUGCCCGCCACGGACGCGCUCUUUGCAAAGCAGGGGCCGCUGGCCAAAGUAUGGCUGGCGGCGCACUGGGAGCGCAAACUCAGUAAGACACAGCUCCUGCAGACCAGUAUCCCGACGAGCGUCGAGACCAUCGUCGGCGACGACGACGACGACGCGCCGGUCGCGCUGCGCCUCAGUGGCCAGCUUUUGCUCGGUAUCGCGCGCAUCUACUCGCGCAAGGCCAAGUACCUCGAAGACGACUGCAAUGAUGCGCUGCUGCGUAUUCAGGUCGCGUUCCGCAGCGCAAGCGCGGUCGUCGACCUGUCCCACGACCAGCUGCACCUGUCGCGCACUGCCAUUACGCUACCGGAUACGUUCACCGCCGCGGACCUAUUCAUGCCCGAGCCGGUGUGGGCGAACGCGGCGCUCCCCGACGCGGCGGCGCGCAGCAAGCACAUGGCGCGGCCUGCCGACAUCACACUCCCAGACGCGACGCUCGACGCACUCGAUCAAGAUAUACCCCACGGCAGCGACGCGCUGCUCGCCAGCCCUCUACCGGAGCUGGAUACCUCGGCGCACUUUGACCUCGGACUCGAGGACGAGUCGAUGCACCCCCCGGCGAAGCGCGCACGCGAAUGGAAGCCGCGCCGCUCCGCGCGCCGCUCCUCUGCACGCCCAAACGCGGACCUCUCGCUGCCGGACAUUGACGCAGACGACUCGUUUGCCAGCGUCGGUGUCGGCCGUGAUGCGGGCGCGCCGAUCGUGGACGCUGCCGAGCACGUCCGCGCGCUCGUCGGCGACGUCGACCUCUCGAUGGACUUUUCGAUGGACUCGGGCAUGGCGCCUAUGGAGCUCGAGGCGCCGAUGCACGCCUCAACGCCGCCGCGCGAGCGUGCGACCACGCCGCUGCACGACGUGACGUUUGAGCAGGCGAUUGCGGCCAACGCACAGCUCACGCCACGCACCGCGGCCAAGCUCCGGAGCGCCGCGCUGCUCCGUGUCGAGUCGGCGCUCCAAAAAGGGCCGCGCAAGCGCCCGGUGCAGGACCGCGUCACGGACAUUGGCCGCUCGCACGUCCUCCAGGUGCGCAGCGCCGCUGCGACAAUGAGCACGAGCCCGCACGAGCUGCGGUGCCUCCCAGCGACGCGCGCCGAGCUCGCGCUGCUCACCGCGCCCAAGAACGCAGCGCGCGACGUGCAGCAGACGCUGUCCAUGACAUGGGGCGCCGUCGUGCCGCGUAUCGACUCUGCCUUGCAGGCUGCGAUGCAGCUCACCGCGCGCAAGCAGCGUGUCGACCUCCUUGCACCCCACCAGGACAAGCAGCACUGGCUGCGCCAGGUGCACGAGCAGGCCGCGCGCCAAAACGUCGACGACGAGUACCCCCACGAAGUCGGCCGCCGCCAGUCUGACGCGCCGUGGCUCACCGACGAGGCGCGGUUUGCGGACCUGAGCAGCGAGACGAUGCGCUCGGCGGCGGACACGACCGCCGGCGAAAAGACGCUGCCGCCCGCCGACUUUACGCUCGGCGACCUGCCCGAGCUCCCCCCGCUGAAUGACCGCCCUGAGCCGCCGGCGCCCCGCCCCGAGCCGAUGGACCUGCGCCUCGGCACGCCCGAGGCGGAAGAGACCGAGUGGCACGCGGCGCCCGUCUCGGACGCGCAGCCCCUCGCGGCGUUUGAGAGCCGCGCGCAGGAGCAGCCCAAGGACGCGUCGCUCGCGGCCUGGGACGCAAGCACGCUCCAGGCGAUGCAUGUCCUGCGCAGCACGAUGCACGACGAGCAGGCGAGCUUCCAGCGCCUGUCGCACAACGCGAGCCGCCGCGCGGCUGCAGGCUUCUUCUUCGAGAUGCUCGUGCUCGGCACAAAAGACUGUGUGCGCCUGCGCCAAGACGAGCCGUACGGCGACGUGCAGAUCGAGGCCAAGCCGGCCCUGUAUACUUCUCCAUAG